UUUAAAUGUUUUUGCAGAUCUCCUCAAGAGAAGACAGUCCAAGGGGUUAUUCGGAGUGAUUUCAAUUAAUGAUUGAAAACCCAUUUAUUGGACAUUUUCCAGAUGAGUGCUUUCUGAUUACAAUCAGAAUAAGAACACCCUUGGGGAGAAAUCAGAAGAAGACUCCUUCAAAGGAAGAAUCUGAAGACUUACCUUGAUGAGAAGCGCACUGAGAAUCAGUAGCAAUGUCAGCACCAGUCGGACAGUCACUGGCCCUUCUGCAGCCAUUCGAAAACCUUGAAGGGCCACAUAGAUGCCAGUGUUGGGAGUUGUAGAAAAAACCCUGCCUGAGAUAUCAAGCAGCAUCAGGUUUACAUGCCAAAGAGCAGAAGAACCAGAUUUUAUGUUUCCCUCCAUCUAAUUAAAAGGAUUCCACUGUGCUUAGCUGCCAGCAGACAGUUGAUGCUCCAGAUCCAGGGCCAAUUCUAGAAGGAUUCUACAACAUAAAAGAUCGGAGUUGUAAGGAGAUGCAAAUUUCUGUAACGCCCACCGCUGCCACCAUGUUGUAUGGUGUUGGUCACAAUUCGGUCUCUACUGAGUUGCCAAUAAUGGAGAGCACAACAGAGAUGCCAACUGCUGAUUAUGAAUACCUGUGUGAGAAAGGAAAGAUCAAUGCAUUUGGAGGAACACUGAUGCCCAGCUUCUAUGCAAUAGUUUUAAUGCUCAGUCUCACUGGAAAUGGGUUAGUUUUGCUUGUACUUGUGAAAUAUGAAUAUCUAAGAAGCAUAACAAAUAUAUUCAUUCUUAACCUUGCCAUUUCUGAUUUACUUUCUACUAUUUGUCUUCCUUUCUGGGCAAUCCAUCACUUACAUGGUUGGAUCUUUGGAGUUGCCAUGUGCAAAUUAAUGAGUGGUAUGUUUUACAUAGGCUUUUACAGUGGUAUAAUGUUCCUGACACUGAUGACCAUUGACCGGUACCUUGCAGUUGUUCAUGCUGUAUCUGCUGCAAGAUCUAGAAAAAUUCGCUAUGCAACAGUAACAAGUGUGAUUGUUUGGCUGACCAGUACCUUAGCAACCAUCCCUGACUUUAUCUUUGCUGAAUUAGAAAACGAUUAUGAGAGAGUUACUUGCGAAAAUAUUUACCCAAUUGAAAAAGCAGUUCCAUGGAAACUAUUAAGAUAUUACCAACAAAAUAUACUGUUCUUCAUCCUUCCAUUUGUUAUCAUUGUGUACUGCUAUUUUAGGAUAAUUCAGACGUUGGUAAAGUGUAGAACAGUGCAGAAGCACAGGACGCUGAGAGUUAUUUUCACCAUUGUAGUGGUGUUCUUUUUAUGUUGGGCACCUUACAAUGUUGUGAUUUUCUUGAGAUCUUUGGAGGAGUUUGAGCUGCUGGAGUUUGACAACUGUGAGUCAGAGAUGCACCUGGAUUAUGCACACACAAUCUCUUACACUGUGGCUUAUUUCCACUGUUGUCUCAAUCCCAUUUUUUAUGCCUUUGUGGGUGAAAAAUUUAGAAGACACCUAAUUCAUUUCUGUGACCACUGUUUGCCCUGUAGUAUGUGUCACCAGCGGAAAUACGUCACCAAGAAUACCCAUUUGGAAUAUUCUGAUGGUUCAAUUGGCAAUGAUACAACAAAUAACUGGUAGUCUGGUCUUUCUUUUAAAGAAAUGCAUGGUUGAAGAAAUUUUUAAUUUGUGGUGCUUUUGCUAACUAAAUGUUUUUUUUUGAUGUAAUGUGAACAAAGUGGAUUUGUUGUAAUAAGAGUAAUACAGCAAAAAAUACUGUUUGACCUUUCAUUGACAGUCAAACCAGUGGGAUGAAAUAAAUUGGCUUUGUCUAGUCUUUUCUCUAAGUCUGCUUUGCAUCUGCUAAGCUUUGUGCUACAUUGUGCAUAAUUUACCUCUUAACAAUAUUGUUUCUCAACAUUAAUGUAAGAUUUUCUUGUCUACGUAUUCCAUGGUUAGUUAUUUGUUGCAACUGAUUAUUGCUAAGUUUGCUUUUGUUUAAAAUUAUACUUUCGGGAAAUGACAACUAAAUAAAAACCAUAACGUGGCCAUUA